AUGGCGGCCGCCGAGCCCAAGCCCCCCGCGGGGACGGCCGCGGCCCGACGCCUGGCCCGGGGCUGCUGGUCCGCGUUCUGGGACUACGAGACGCCCAAGGUGAUCGUGGUGAAGAACCGGCGCCUGGGCAUCGUGUACCGCGCGGUGCAGCUGCUCAUUCUGCUCUACUUCGUGUGGUACGUGUUCAUCGUGCAGAAGAGCUACCAGGACAGCGAGACGGGCCCCGAGAGCUCCGUCAUCACCAAGGUCAAGGGCAUCACCUCGUCCGAGCACAAAGUGUGGGACGUGGAGGAGUACGUGAAACCCCCCGAGGGGGGCAGCGUGUUCAGCAUCAUCACCAGGAUCGAGGUCACCCCCUUCCAGACCCUCGGAACCUGCGCCGAGAGUAUGAGGGUCAACAACGCCACCUGCGACUCGGAUGAAGACUGCGUGGCUGGGCAGCUGGACAUGCUGGGAAACGGCCUGCGGACCGGGCGCUGCGUGCCUUAUUACCACGGGUCCUCCAAGACCUGCGAGGUGUCCGGCUGGUGCCCGGUGGAAGACGGGGCCUCAGUCAGCCAGUUUCUCGGUAAGAUGGCCCCGAAUUUCACCAUCCUCAUCAAGAACAGCAUCCACUACCCCAAAUUCCAGUUCUCCAAGGGCAACAUCGAGAGCCGGAAGGAUGGCUACCUGAAACACUGCACGUUCCAUGAGGUCUCUGACCUCUACUGCCCCAUCUUCAAGCUGGGCUACAUAGUGGAGCAGGCAGGGGAAAACUUCACGCAGCUGGCACACGCGGGCGGUGUAAUUGGGGUCAUUAUCAACUGGGACUGUGACCUGGACCUGUCGGCAUCCAAGUGCAACCCCAAAUACUCCUUCCGGAGGCUCGACCCCAAGCAUGUCCCAGCCUCAUCUGGCUACAACUUCAGGUUCGCCAAGUAUUACAAAAUAAACGGUAGCACCACCCGCACACUCAUCAAAGCCUACGGGAUCCGAAUUGACGUCAUCGUGCACGGACAGGCAGGGAAGUUCAGCCUGAUUCCCACCAUCAUUAACCUGGCCACAGCGCUGACCUCCAUCGGGGUGGGCUCCUUCCUGUGCGACUGGAUCUUGCUAACGUUCAUGAACAAAAACAAGGUCUACAGCCAUAAGAAAUUUGACAAGGUGUGUACUCCCGGGCCCUCCUCAGGCAGCUGGCCCGUGACCCUGGCCCUUGUUUUGGGCCAGGCCCCUCCCCCACCCUAUCCCUGCUCCGCAGACCCAGGCCAGGCCGGCCGACCGCAGGGUGAGGGGCAGAGCCAGGCCUGGGCUGUCCCCCCCGCAUGGCCUUGCCCCACCUCUGCCCUGUCUGAGCAGAUGGUGGGUGCUCCCAGACGGGGAGCAGGGCCAGGGCUUGGCGCCUCCGAGCCUUCCCCGCAGGACUGCACUCUCACGGACGCCCGAGGUUUGGCCCAGCUCUGA